AUGGACAGACACAAUGUUGUGGAAAUCCUGCCAGAGAGGGUAGGCAAUGUGUCGUCUACAUCGUACCCGCGACACCAUCCCGGUGUCUCAGGUGCUUGGGACUACGACGAGUUCAAGCAGCAUCUUCGUGUGGACGUAACAAGGUGGACGACCGAGCUGUGUGAGUUUGAUUUGGUCGGAGUCGAUGCGAGUAUAGCGAAUUCCAUUCGUCGUGUUCUUAUUGCAGAAGUACCUACUGUGGCAAUUGAGCAUGUGUAUAUAUGGAACAAUACAUCCAUUAUCCAGGAUGAGGUACUUUCACAUCGAUUGGGUUUGAUUCCUUUGGCGAUUGAUCCCAGAAAGUUGUCGUUUAAGAUGGACGACGAAGCCAAUGAUCAAAACACGGUUGUAUUCAACCUAAAGGCUGAGUGCAAAAAGCGGGGCGCCUCGAAGGAUGCGGGCAUCGAAGGUCGCUACGUGUAUUCCUCGCAGCUUGAGUGGGACCCCAAGGGCGACCAGGCUGAGACGAUGGCAGACUGCCCGCCACGUCCUGUGCACUCGGAUAUUGUCAUCGCAAAAAUGGCUCUUGGGCAGAGUAUGGAGAUGGAAUUGCACUGCGAAAAAGGAAUCGGCAAAGAUCAUGCAAAAUUCUCGCCCGUAGCGACGGCUACAUAUCGGCUCUUGCCGCUGAUCGAGAUUCUCAAGCCAAUCCCAGAGCCUUUGAUUCCUAAAUUCAUCUCAUGCUUCCCUGAAGGCGUUAUGGAGCAAGGCGGUGAAAACGGCGUGCGUGUCGUUGAUACACGCAAAGACACGGUGAGCCGUGAAGUACUUCGGCAUCCUGAGUUUGAGGGUUUUGUGCGUCUCGGUCGAAUUCAGGAUCACUUUCUGUUUAGCGUGGAGUCUACGGGUAUAUAUGAGCCGGAGCAGUUGCUACCCGCCUCGAUCGAGGUGCUGCGUCGCAAGAUUGCGCUCCUCAAACUUGCGUUGGACGCCGUGCCAACUGGUACGCAGCCAUAG